CACUUCCCUUGCAGCAGCUAGGUUGUUCCAUAUCACACACAAUCUCUUGGCCUUCUUUGCUUCCAGCGGAAUGACAGAUGGCUCUAUCUAUGUUGACCUUGCUCUCCCUUCAGCUCCAACCUCUGCCAGGCUGCUUCACCCCUCGCAAGGAUCAGGUAAGUUUUAAUGUUGGGGAGUGGGGAGAGGAUGUUUUUUCGCAAGGCUCCAAGCUGUUACUUACAGCACGGAAAAACAGCAGGUCUGCAGGGGCUGAAAUAUUUUUAGAGCAAAUGUAGCCACAGAAGGAGGGAGUGUUGCCUUUUGUGUGAGCAUGUACAGUAGUUAGUCAAAAUAACUAACUGUAGAGGGUUGCUAUAAAGAUGGGCACUUCAGCAAUAUUUCAUUUUCAUAUCUUUAUUAAUCUAAAAUAAAUACAUUUAUGAAAAACAGACGUGCAUAUAAGUAAGCAAACAUACAAUCAAACAAACAAAUAACAGAAAAAUCAAACAAACCACCACACUAUAAGUUAUAAGAAGAUUAAUAUAAUUAUCAGCAUAUAUACUCCUGGUAUUGAACACAAUUAUAAAACUUCUAGAGAAUAAAUUUAAAACUGACUUCCAAUUAAUCUCACUGUACUUUGUCUAUCCAUUACUUUAUACCGCACAGUUACAUAUUUCUUAGAUAAUUUCUUUGUACAUCCCUACAAACUUAUAUUUAUACAACACAGGGAUCAGUCGAAUUCUGCCAAGGUGUUUCCUUUUAUUCCAUCACUUCAGCAAUAUUUUAAAUUAAAAUAAAAGGGAAGCCGAAAAGGAUUUCAGACAAACAAAAGCAAUGCUCAUUUUGCUAGUAUCUAAUCCAGUUUUCCCCAAUUUAAUCCCCAUUCAGAUAUUCAUAGAAUCAUAGAACUGUAGAGAGGUAAGGGACACCAAGGGUCAUCUAGUCCAACCCCCUGCAAUGCAGGAAUCUCAACUAAAGCAUCCAUGACAAGUGGCCAUCCAACCUCUGCUCAAAAUCCUCCCAGGAAAGAGUCCACCGCCUUCCUAGGGAGUAUGCUCCACUGUCAAACAGCUCUUACUGUCAGAAAGUUCUUGGUGAUGUUUAGUUGGAAUCUCCUUUCUUGUAACUUGAAGGCACUGGUUCAAGUCCUAGCCUCUGGAACAGGUUAAAACAUGGGUAGGCAAACUAAGGCCCGGGGGCCGGAUCCAGCCCAAUAGCCUUCUAAAUACGGCCCGUAAACAAUCUGGGAAUGAGCGUGUUUUUACAUGAGUAGAAAAAUUGCCCUUUUAUUUAAAACGCAUCUCUGGGUUGUUUGUGGGGCAUAAGAAUUUGUUCAUUCCCCCCCCAAAAAAUAUAGUCUGGCCCCCCACAAGGUCUAAGGGACAGUGGACCGGCCCCCUACUGAAAAAGUUUGCUGACCCCUGGGUUAAAACAAACUUGCUCCAUCUUCCACGGGACAGGCCUUUAGAUAUUUGAAGAUGUCUAUCCUCUCAGUCUCCUCUUUCCCACAUACCCAGCUCCUUCAACCCUUCCUCCUAAGCCUUUGUUUCCAGACCCUUGACCAUCUCGGUUUCCCUCCUCCCCACACGUUCUAGCUUCUCAAUAUCCUCCUUAAAUAUUGUUGGACCACAGCUCCUAUCAGCCCUAGUCAGCAUGGUCAAUAGGCAGGAAUGAAGAAAACGGUAAUCUGGAAACAUCCGAAAGGCUUCAGGUUCCCUACUGCAACCCUGUCCAGUUCCUAUAUUUUAUUUAUUCUAAAACUUAUAUCCUGCUUAUCUGCCCAACAGAAGACUCUCAAAACACAUACAAAUUUAAUAAGCAAAUAUAUGAUAAUAAAAGAGCAGGGGGAAAUGACAAGCCUUCUUGAGGGAAGUAAAGCAAUGCAAGCUAUCUAGUUCUUAACGUUGGUGGACAUAAGAACAUCAGAACUAGGGAUGGGGAGAAAUUCAGUUCAGUUUGCAUUUGGAGGCAAGCUUACCCGAUCUACACUUUCAGAAAUAGCCACCCUUUGAAAUGUGCCCUUUUCUGAAUUUUGCAAUUCAGUCCUGCAGCUGAGGAAUGUGUAGUAAUGUUAGGGUGAAGAGUUCAUAUACAUGGCAUAACAUGCAUUGCAUUAGAAAAAAUGCUAGGCAAAAUGUACAUUUUUUAAAAUGGAAUACAGAAAUGUGCCUAUUAUGGAAAAAAUCAGACUAAGAUGCUGAAGAAUUCUCAGUUUGCUUAAUUGCACAACUACAAUUCAUUUGUCAUAAACAAUAAACAAAGCAUCAUACAUUUUUGUACACAAGUAAUGUUUGUACAAAAAUGUAUGUACUGGGGUAAAAGUGUGCAUUAAAAUGCACAUAUUUGUGACAAAAACAAGGCAUUAUAUUAGGGAAAUUAUUUUGCAAAUAUGUGUAUAUUUUGCAAAAGCAUGUAUAUUAGGAGAAAGUCACACUGAAAUGCUGGUUAUUUUUCACCAGCAAACAGAUAUGGAAAUGUGGACUGGAAAAAUGGAAAACUAAGAAACUGAAAUGGACAAAUUUGCCCAUCCCUAGCUAUAUGCCCUGCCGUCAGUGGAAUAAAUGCAGGGGGGAAAGGGUUAAAAGGUGGUGCCCUUCCCCGAUGAUAAGCUCCCAUUUGCAGGCACUGUGGUUGCAUUGUAUAAAUGCAAACCCACUAAAUAAAGAAUCACAUGUAACCUCUUUAACCUACAGUUCCAGAGAUCAGCGUGUGAAAGGAAGGACACGGUCAGACCUUGCUAAAUUAAACCUUGUUUCUAUACCUCUGGUGCAGCAGAACUGCUUCUUCUUUGAGCAUAUUCCGUGCUUCCCCCCCUAGAAAAAUAGGGGCUGGUACUUACGAUGAACUUGUUACAGUAAAUGUCACAUUUUCUAUAACCAAAAUAAGAGAGGUGCCGUACUCACCAUGAAGUUGUUGCAGUUUUUUUAACCAUGAAGUUGUUACACUUUUUUUAACAACAACAACAAAAACAAAAAGAGGUUCUGGUACUGUGUACCCUUGAGUAAAGGUACAGGUAAAGGGACCCCUGACCACUAGGUCCAGUCAUGACUGACUCUGGGGUUGCAGCGCUCAUCUCGCUUUAUUGGCCGAGGGAGCCGGUGUACAGCUUCCGGGUCAUGUGGCCAGCAUGACUAAGCCGCUUCUGGAGAACCAGAGCAGCGCAUGGAAACGCCGUUCACCUUCCCACUGGAGCGGUACCUAUUUAUCUACUUGCACUUUGAUGUGAUUUCGAACUGCUACCCUUGAGUACCCCAUGAAAAAAAAAGCACCACCUAAUCCUAACACCAAUGCUAACCCUAACCCCAACCCUACUCCUAACCCUUAAUGCCAACCCUAACCCUAAAACUAACACUGACCCUAAACCCAACCCUAACCCUACCUCCAACCUUAACCCUCACCCUACCUCCAACCCUAACCCUAACUCCAACCCAACCCCUAUUCCUACCCUCUACCUCUAACCCUAGAACCAACACUAAUACUAACCCCAACCCUACCUCAUACUUCAUACCUUAACCCUAACCCUAACCCUACCUGUAACCCUAACCAUAAACCCAACCCUAACUCUAAAUCCAACCCUAACACUACAUUUAACCCUAACCCUAAUCCUAGAUCCAACCUUAACCCUAACCCAUCUCCAACCCUGACCCUUGUCAACACAUUUCAAUUGAUUAGUAAAAGCUCCAAGGACCUGUCCAAAACUUUGUAAUGAACAAAAAAUAGCUAUAUUUCUGCUUCUGAAUACAAUUAUUCAAGCAUAGAUGGUUCGAAAUAACACCAGCCGUCUCCCUCCCUCCCCCCCCUCCCAUCUGCCUUUUUCAAAUCCAGACUGAUGAAGAAUUCUGGAGAACUCAAAGGCUUUAACACUACUUUGUAGCAUUUUGCUUUGCCAAAUACAGUCAUACCUUGGGUUACAGAAGCUUCAGGUUGCGUUUGGGUGGGUUGCGGACUGCUGAAACCCGGAAGUACUUGAAAGGGUUACUUCUGGGUUUUAGCAGAUGCGCUAAAUUGCACUUUGUGCAUGCGCAGAAGUGCCGGGUCGCAACCUGCGCGUGCGCAGACGCGCUGCUGCAGGUGUAUUGCCGAGUGUAAAGGUAUUGCCCUGAUAUGGAUAUGAUGUUAAAUAACUAUUAAUUUCAGGAGUGUUUUCUCAUCUUGCAAAUUGCGGAAAUCCCCAGGGACACAUUUCAGCCGAGCAAAAGCACUCUAGGAGCGUUGAGCAGGGCUGGAGGGGUUUGAGCCUGGGAAAAGGGGGAGGGUCACAAGGGGAGGGCACACAGAGAAGCCUUGAGGGCCAGGUUUGGGCUUCAGGUCUGAGGUUCUGUACCCUUGUGUUGGGGAACCUAGUAUUAAUAAAGUCAAAUUUACAGGUGCCUCACCACAUUCUCAGGGGCGAUGGACUGCUCUCUGGAUUGGAUGGGCUGUAAAUGUCAUCCUAGGGGUCACCGUGAUAGCCCUGUGUAAGUACAGAGCACUUUUAUUUAGUUAGUUAGUUAGUUAGUUAUUUCCAUUUAUAUAUAUUUUUAUUUUUUUAAUAAUAUUUAUUAAUUUUCAACCGUUUAAACACAACAAAAUAGACCAAAAAAAAGCAUAACAAAAUAAGACACAAACCAUUUAACACACAAAACAAUUUCAAUAUCUUAUCUUUCAUUCCCUUAUUUCCACAACCUCCUCACACCUCCCUUUUGUAUUCCACUUCUAUUAAUUGUUUCAGAAAUUCCUUUCCAUCUUCCUCUGUUUUUAUCCUAUAAUUAUCUUAACAUAUUUUGACCUUAUUUUUCCCUUUAAUACUCUAUUAAUCUAUUUAUACUUAAUUCCUUAUAGCAUUUCUACUAGAGCCAUAUAACUUCAUUCCAACAUUUUUCUUACAUUCAUUAUUUUUACAAUAUUUCUAUAAAUAGUCCUAAACUUUUUCCAGUCUUCUUCCACUGACUCUUCUCCCUGGUCUCGGAUUUCUGCCAGUCGUUUCUGCCAAUUCCCUAUAGUCCAUCAACUUCAUCUGCCAUUCUUCCCGAAUAGAUAAAUCUUGUGUCUUCCAGUACUUCACAAUGAAUAUUCUUGCUGCUAUUGUUGCAUACGUGGAAAAAAUCUAUCCUUCUUUAACAUCAAUUGGCCGACCAUGCCCAGGAGAAAGGAAAGGCCUCUGGCUUCUUCAAGAGGGUAUAUUUAAAUGCCUUUUUCAUUUCGUUAUAAAUCAUCUCCCAAAGUGUCUUAAUCCUUGGGCAUGUCCACCAAAAGUGAACUCUAAUCCUCAAAUUCGUCUGUUUUUCUUUAAGUUCAGUCAUAGCAAGCGUCAACCCAUGUUCAUCAAGUUGCCUCCGUAGGGCUAGGGCUCUCUUUCUCUUUCUCUCCAGUUGUGUCACUUUACAUUCAGCAACAACAGCCUCCUCCCUGGCUUCCUCCGCAGUUUGCCGUAUCAAAGUAGGUUCCUGUAUCAAUUUCUGGGUAGUUUCUGUAUUGGUAUUAUUUAUACUUUCUGUAUUUAGGUUGAUUUUAGUAAUUGAAACAUCCAUUUUCACAUUUAUGAUGUCCAUUUUCCUGUUAAGCUGAUCCAAUGAGUCAUUUAUCUUAUAAAAUGCAGCCACUAAAGCCUUUUCUGUCGACAUUCUUCUUGGUUUUAAAUAUGCUGGUACAAAGGCAGCAACAGAAGGAGCAUGGGGGGCCUGAUGAUAAACCUCUUCUGGAUUGUUGCCAAAUCCUCCCAGACCUGAAUGUUUUGUCAGCAGUUGACUGGUCUGUUUUUCCUCUUCCAUUUACCAUAACACUUAAAAGAUUCAAGGUCAGUCCCAGAGUCUCACGGUUUUUAACUUGCAGCUGGAAAUUCCCCUAUCCCAGCUCUUGUCAAACAACCGGUUUCAAAGGCUUCCACUAGGGGGAAACAGUUUCUAUUUGUAAUAGUCAAUAGUAUCCUCUUUUCAACAAUCCAAAAUUAGUUUCAAAUUGGUUUCAAUUUUCAGUUACUUUUACUCCUUUUUAAAGCAGCCGGAGACAGUAGAAACAAUGUAUUUCUCUUGUUUAACUAGCUGUCAAUGAACGUUCUAAACACUGUCAAUGAACAUUCCAAAAGACGUCAGUCCUACUAGCAGCCCGUUUCCAGGGUCAGAGCAGCGGUGUUUUAAAUCUCUUCACUCUCUCCCACAGGUAUAAUCAAUCCGCAACUUCCCCUCUCUUCUCCUGCCUCCAAGAGGGGGUUUAAUGUUCUUUAUUGAUGGAAAUUUAAUCUUUUACAAAAGACUUUCCAGGACUCCAGCUUGCAACUUCAUUGCCUCAGUCUAUUUACAAAAGGGGAAGGCGGACUUCCUGUUUUGAACCUCCCCGUUGCGAUACCAGAUUAAACAUUUAGAAAUCCAAUUCUUCCAUUUCAGAUCUACUCACGGGUAAUUCCUUUAAAGUCAAAUUGUCCACAGGAAAAGGUCAGCGCUCUCCGGCAACAGCUAUGCGGCUUCGCUCCGUGGAAGAAGCAGGCGAUUCGAUGCACCGCGCCACUCACCCCACGUCGCUCCGGAGCCCCAAAAACCGGGGUUCCCCGUGAGUGGGGGAGGCGCAAAAGGUGCCCGCCGAAUCCCACGCUCACAGGCUUCUCCCGCCUGUGAUUUUAACGGGUCUCCGCCUUCGCCGUGGCGGCCAGACCCAGAUUCCCACGGAGCAGAUUCCUCCCGGUCAGAGGAAUUCCGCCAUUACCGGAGGCACCUCCCCGGAAGUCCCAUAGUUAUUUCCAUUUAUAGGUUGUUUCUUGUGAAGUGACUUAACAAUAGAACCACCAACCAUUUUUUAAAAAAUGAUAUUUAUUAAAGUUUCAGAUAAAAAGAGACAAGAGAAAAGAAUUUAAAAGUAAAAAGAAAAAUACACAAUACAAAAUACAAAAAGAAAAAAAAGAAAAAACAGUUAAAAACAAUUCCAUCUUUUCAUCACUACUUUUGAAUUUACUUAUUUUCUGGACCUCCUCAUACCUCCCUCUUUUGUAUUCCAAUUCAGUUUGUUUGUCCAGCAAUUCCUUUCCCUCUUUUUAAUCCCAAUCCUUAAUCUUAAUAUAAUAUAAUAUAACAUUAAAUUUUUAUCUAUUAAUAGCUAAUUUUCCAUUCUUUUAACCUUUUUAUUCCUAAUCCUUAAUCUUAAUCUGUAUAUAACUUUAAAGCCUGUGCAGCUAGAAACCACUUAAUUUCAAUCCAACAUCACUCUAGCAUUCUUUAAUUUUGCAAUAUUUCUGUAAAUAGUCUUUGAAUUUCUUCCAAUCUUCUUCCACCGACUCUUCUCCCUGGUCACGGAUUCUGCCAGUCAUCUCCGCCAAUUCCAUAUAGUCCAUCAAUUUCAUCUGCCAUUCCUCCAGUGUGGGUAGCUCUUGUGUCUUCCAAUACUUUGCGAUGAGUAUUCUUGCUGCUGUUGUUGCGUACAUAAAGAAAGUUCUAUCCUUUUUUAACACCGAUUGGUCGACUAUGCCCAGGAGAAAGGCCUCUGGUUUCUUCAAGAAGGUAUAUUUAAAUACCUUUUUAAAUUCAUUAUAUAUCAUUUCCCAGAAAGCCUUAAUCCUUGGGCACGUCCACCAAAGGUGAAAGAAUGUACCUUCAGUUUCUUUACAUUUCCAACAUUUAUUAUCGGGCAAAUGAUAGAUUUUUGCAAGCUUGACUGGGGUUAUGUACCACCUGUAUAUCAUUUUCAUAAUAUUCUCUCUUAGGGCAUUACAUGCCGUAAAUUUCAUACCUGUGGUCCAUAACUGUUCCCAGUCAGCGAACAUAAUGUUGUGUCCAACGUCUUGUGCCCAUUUAAUCAUAGCAGAUUUCACCGUUUCACCAACCAUUUAAAACAGCAACAGCUAUGGCAGAGAUUUCAAAUAUGAAACAAUUAAAGACAAAUAUAAAACCCAUUUCAAAUCCAGCACAGAUACAGGCUGCAAUGAAAAUCUAUGCUCAAAGGGGUUGAUGAAAUAGGAAGGCCUUCAUUAAUAGUCAAAACAUAAUUUGGCAGCAAUCUGUAGGAGCAAAGGUGGCCUGUUCCAUUUUGCCUCAGAGGUGAAACAGGGAAUGUGCCACGCCCUGCCAAAACCAUUGCAUUCUACUCAAAAAAUUGUACAAAAAGGAACAGGUCAGGGUAUUUUUAUACUUUAGAAUGUUUUUUCAAUAAAGCCAACAGAGUAUUUCGUAUAAACAGAUUUUAUCUUACUGUAUUGAGCUGUGACAUAAAAACAGGUUAUAUGUUCAGAAGUUCCAUGUGUCAAGAAUUCAUAAUGCAGGGGUACCUUGGUUUUCGAACACCUCCGUAGUCGAACGUUUCGGAACUCGAACGUCGAAUACCCGGAAGCAAAUGCCUCAGUUUUCGAAUGUGCCUCGGAAGUUGAACAGGAAAUGCAGCUUCUGUUUUGAGUUUUCUGUGGUGAGGUUUCCGCUUUCAGUGUUCGGUUUUCAAACGUUUUGGAACUUGAACGGACUUCCAGAAUGCAUUGUGUUUGAAAACCGAGGUAGCUGUAACUGGUUCACAUCGCAAUAAACUAACAAGGGAAAAUAACAGCAACAACAACAACAACAACAUUUUUUGGCUUUGUUUCCUGUUUACUGCUUGUGAACGAAUAAAGGUGUCACAGUGUAGUAGCUGUACCAGCUUGGCCCCACAACUGUGGGUGUCUGGGGCCGUGGGUGCCAUGCAGCGUGCACCAAAAUUUGUGGGUGCCCGGCCCCUUCAUGGGUAAUUUUGUGGGUGCUUGGGCACCCAGGACCUUAGGGAGUUGGCACCUAUGCAGUGUAGUGAGUUGACAGAAAGUGUGACUGCAGUUGUUCUUGAGUGGCUCAGUGUCUGGCCAUUUAAGUUAUUGUCAAAAAUUGGUUUGUCUGGUUUUCACAGCCUAAAGAUUUGUCUUGAACAAUUGAUCAUACAUGAGUUCUAAAUAUUAGAAAGUUGCAGGCAGUCUUUCCGAACAUGAGCUGUUAUCUUAAAGGACAUAGUGUGAUAUUCUCCUUUAAUUAAAAAGCAACAAACACGCUUUAUUUCAACGAUGAAGGGAAAAUCCAAGGGGAACACUGGAUUCAAGAAAGGAAGAGAAAAACAAUUAGGUACUAUAACAAAAAACACUAAACAGUCUUUGAAUUUUUUCGCAGUUUGUUGAUCACUUAAAAUUAACCUCCUUAUAUUAAGGUUUUCAGACAUGGAACCUUACGGGUGAACUGGAGAAAUCCUGUGUCCCUCAGGGUGAAAUGGAAAAUAAUCUAUGCCUAGAGAAUGUGACUUCGCUGCAGCAAUUUUUCUGUAAGCCGCUUGAAAACAGCUCAGCAGGUAACUGGAGUGUUGUUUCUCAAUAAGGCUCAAGGAACACAUAUCAAAAAAAUGGGGGCGGGGUAGAAGGCGGGAAGACCACAGAGAGAGGGAGCCACAGUCAAAGAGAGGCUGAGCCAACUAAUUGUUGUUUUGUCCCUAUCCUCUUCCCAAACAAAUACAGUGGUACCUCGGGUUACAUACGCUUCAGGUUACAUACGCUUCAGGUUACAGACUCAGCUAACCCAGAAAUAGUACCUCGGGUUAAGAACUUUACCUCAGGAUGAGAACAGAAAUUGCGACAGUGGGAGGCCCCAUUAGCUAAAGUGGUGCUUCAGGUUAAGAACAGUUUCAGGUUAAGAACAGACCUCCGGAACGAAUUAAGUACUUAACCAGAGGUACCACUGUAUACCCACAAUGCAACUGGCUGUGUUUAACUAUAUAAAUUCUUUAUACAUCAUAUAAGCAUAACUCUUUUCACAUUAUCUAAUUGAGUAGAAGCAAGUAAGCAGCAACAUUUAGGACAGGAAAUACAAAUAGACCAGUUCUUAUAUACGUAAUGACCAAAUAGAAGUUCUUGUGUUCCAUGUACGUCUUAGCGAAUACAAGUGUCAAACGUAACAACUUUAAGGAGCAGUACUUGCAAAAGAUGAACUUUUCUUUGUACAGUGGUACCUCGGCGGCUCCCAACAGAAUAUUAUAAUAUUAAAAACACGAUUUAAUACCUUAUUGUGUGUGAAGGCGAAAAGUGGAUUAGUGAGGAUGCAAACAAAGGGUUGUGUAGGCUUGCUCCUGUCAGUUACAAACCAUGGUUUGUCAUUUUAUCUGGUGUAAACUUGCAAAUUUUUUAUGCUUCCACCCGCCCACCCUGCCCUACUCCCAGAGAGUUCUGACUGCGCAGUCUGCCCUGAGAAUUGGUUCCGUCUCAACAGCAAGUGCUACUGGUUCUCCAGUGAAAAAGGAGACUGGACCGAGAGCAAAGACAACUGCAGAACAAAAGACUCUCGAUUGUUGGUGAUACAGAAUCAAGAAGAAGUGGUAAGUAAAUAAGAGUUAGAUCCACGUUCCUUAUUGAUGGGGUGGAGGGAGCCACUGCCAAGAUGAGUACCAUUACAUCUUGUAUAUAUUUAUUGUGGCAUUUAUAGUCCACACUUUUGAAAUCCAAAGAUAAAUAAAGGGGGGUAAAUGUAUUCCACUGUGUUUCAAUUGCAUCGUUUAUCUAACACAAUGUACAUAAUGCAUCUAAUAUGUGACUCUGUAGUGUGGUGGGCUGGCCAAAUAAUUUUAGGAUAUGCUAGGAAUCUACCACAAGGGAACUUUUCAUUCCCUUAUACUGGGACUCUGUUUGAUUUUACUUACAGCCAAACUAAAAAUUAUGUUCAGUCACAUGCAGUUUCUUUUUCAAAAUACAAUAGGGAGCCUUGGGAAAGAUUAGGGGGGGCAUUGAAAUAGCUUAUUUAACCUUUUCGUUGGUUCCUCAGCUCCCAUUGCAGAGUGCCAGGAAAUCUGCAUUACGCAUUUGAGGAGUAAAUAUCCUUUAAAAUUCACAGUUCUAUGAAUUUUGAUGUGCAAUUCCUCCUUUCAGUUUUCCAUAUUGGUUUCUUUCUUUCUUUCUCUUUCUUUCUUUCUGAUUAAAAAAACAUAGUCAUACUUCGGGAUAAAUGUGCUUCAAGUUAAGUAUUUUUGGGUUGUGCUCUGUGGCGACCCGGAAGUAACGUUACUUCUGGGUUUCACCGUGCACGCAUGCACAUACAAUAAAAAUGCCGUCACGCGCAUGCACAGAAGCGGCGAAACGCGACCCGCGCAGACGCGGGUUGUGUUUGCUUCAGGAUGCGAACAGGGCUCCAGAACGGAUCCCGUUCGCAUCCCAAGGUACCACUGUAGUUCCCAUGAAAAUUCAACAGCAUACUUGUGCAUACUUGUUUCCUUCAGCACCAUAAUUCAAAAGCAUCAAUUCUUCGGUGAUUAGCCUUCUUUAUGGUCCAGCUCUCACUUCCAUACAUCACUACUGAGAAAACCAUAGCUUUAACUAGACGGACCUUUGUUGGCAAGGUGAUGUCUCUGCUUUUUAAAAUGCUGUCUAGGUUUUUAAGAUGCUGUCUAGAUACUAUAGUAGAGACUAAUUGCAUUGUUUACAGGACUUUAUACUGCGUAAUACCCAAUAUCCACUGCUUUGGAUUGGAUUACAAGCCACACCUCCUGACUGGAAAUGGACCUGGGUGGACGGCUCCCCGUUAGAUGACAAACUGUGAGUAUCUCAUCUUACUCUGCAGAGAGGGGGGAGGAGGACCAGAUCUUCAUCUCCCCAAAUCCUCUGCUCAGUCUUAUGCCAUGCUAAUCACAUCAGGUCAUUGACACCUGUCAAAAUACACCGUUUUAGUGUACCCUAAAGUCCCAAGGUGAGUUACAACAUUAAAACACAGUUGAAAACAACUUACGACCACAGAAAUAAGGUGGGUCCUAAAAGCAUACCCUUCGAAUGUAAGAAACCAAGGUAGAGGUGACUCUUCUGCAUCCACCAGAAGCUGUAUAUAUAAUGAAAGAUGCCAAAGGCACCUCUGAACUACCUGGUGCUCACUUGUGAAGCUCACUAGGUAAUCUUGCACCAGUCUCUCUCAGCAAAAUCUAUGUUUGGUCUGUGGCCUUUUAGAAGUGGGCAGGAUGGGUUUUUAAAAAUGUAUUUCUUUUUUCCUCUUGGUUUUAAUGUAUCCUAGUGAGGGGUUUUGUUUGUUUGUAAGUUGCUUUUAGUUGCCCUAGGCAAAAUAAAGUGACUCACAAAUUUAAUAUAUAGUAAAUAAAUGCCUGACAAGGUUAUUGUGGAAAUAAGUGAAACAAUUUAGCACUGCCUUGAAUUUCUUUGCAAAAGGGCAGAAAGAAGGGGGCAUACGUCCACACCCUUCAAAGAGAAAUGCGUGCAAGUUCUCCUCCUGUGGUUCACUGGGAGCAUGAGGGGAAACCUUAGUUAAACCACAGGAAGUUCUUGCAGCCCAGGGAAACUCACUGGCAAAACAUUUGAGAACCACAAGUCUUGAUUCCACGUGAUAGGAUCGCACCUAAUGGGCAAGCCUGGGCAACGCAAUUGUGCAGUGAGUAAUAACAACAAACAACAACAAUAAUUAUUAUUAUUAUUAUUAUUUAAACUUCGCCCAUAUGGCUUGGUUUCCCCAGCCACUCUUGGUGGCUCCCAGAAGAAUAUUAAAAACACAAUAAAACAUCAAACAUUAAAAACUUCCCUAAACAGGGCUGCCUUCAGAUGUCUUCUAAACAUCAGUUUGUUGUUUAUUUCCUUGACAUCUGAAGGGAGGGCAUUCCACAGGGCGGGCGCCAUUACUGAGAAGGCCCUCUGCCUGGUUCCCUGUAACCUCUCUUUUCACAGUGAGGGAACCGCCAGAAUGCCCUCAGAGCGAGUCCUGUCCCUCUCUCGCAAAGAAUAGCCAAGCAGGUGGAUAUGUUCAGCCUUUGACAAAUGCUGUUGGCUUUCUCCUUCCUUUUGCAGGUUGAAAGACCUAGCUCCGGCUCAAGAAAACUGCUGUGGGAGACUUAACGGGAACAAAACUAUUUCUGAGACAUGUACUACUGUAGCCAGAUGGGUCUGCGAAAAGAAAGCUCUGCAAAUAACUACAAGGACCAGAGGCCAUUGAGUACCCCUGCUUCUCGCCCUCUCUGCCUGACCAAUUUCUCUCCAUCCAAUCGGCUGAGUGGUAUUGAUGUCACCUGGCCAAAAUACGAUGAGCUCCUCUGAUGACAGGGGUGGUUUGGGGAGGUUGGACAGCCUUGGCCUUCGGCUAAAGCUCUGAGUUCUGUGGGGGAUUUGGGAGCCUUCAAAAGUUGAAUUCUUAAAGUAUUGUUGAUAAUAAAAGAACAAGCAUUUUUUAUUAUGUCUACUCACAAUGGGUUCUGGAUUUCUAGGUUUAUAGACAAUAUAAUACAAGAGGCUGAAGCACGCUUCAAAGGAGGACUAAGAGCCAAAAUGCUGUGAAGCAAUAUUUAUUACAAAGUUUUGUUACAAAGGAGCUGACUUAAAAAAAAUAGAAAUACUAGUUUUCUCUCUUUAGUGUUUCAUUUACAACAUUGGGAAACAAAAUUUUUGUUGCAUUGACACCUGCAGUUGUUCUAACCUAAUUUCAACAUGCUGAUUUCAUAUCUGAAGUUGGUUUUGUUCUGUAAGCUCUAGUUUUUUUUGCAAUUCAUGUUUUUCACUUUUCUUUCUUUUUUUUAAUUAAUAUUUAUUAAAGUUUCAGAAAUAAUAAAAUCACAUUAAUAAACAAGAAAUUUUUUAACAAAAACAGAGAAAAAUACACCAUACAAAAUACAAAAUAGAAAAAAGUAAAAAAAGAAAGAAAAAAACAGUUAAAAAUAGCUCCGUCUUUUCAUAACUUCUUUUACAUUUACUUGUUUUCCGGACUUCCUCAUACCUCCCUCUUUUGUAUUCCAAUUCAGUUUGUAAGCCCAGCAAUUUCUUUCCCUCCUUUUUAAUUCCAAUCCUAAAUCUUAAUAUAUUAUGACAUUAGAUUUUUACCUAUUUAAAACCAAUUUUUCCAUUUCUCUUAACCUUUUUGAUCCUAAUCCUUAAUCUUGAUAUCUUUAUAGCUUUAAAGCCUGUACAGCUAGGAGCCACUUAACUUCAAUCCAUCAUCACUCUAACAUUCAUUAAUUUUGCAGUGUUUCUGUAAAUAAUCUUUAAAUUUCUUCCAAUCUUCUUCCACCAACUCUUCUCCCUGGUCACGGAUUCUGCCAGUCAUUUCCGCCAAUUCCAUGUAGUCCAUCAUUUUCAUCUGCCAUUCCUCCAGUGUGGGUAGCUCUUGUGUCUUCC